AUGAGUCAACUUAAUAAUCAAGUGUAUGUUGAUGGGAUGAACAGGUUAAUUUGUGAUGAGCUCCGAUAUGAUAGAAGACAGCUAGCUUUAGAUCAUGCUUCUUACAUGCAACAACUAACUGACGAGCAAAGAGUUGUGUAUGAGGAAGUCAUACAAGCAGUUCAAAGUGGCAAAGGGGGCGUAUUCUUUUUGUAUGGUUACGGUGGAACAGAAAAAAUUUUUUUUUGGAAGAAAUUAGCAUCUGCACUGAGAUCAAGAUCACAAGUUGUACUAACUGUUGCAUCAAGUGGGAUUGCAUCUCUUUUACUACCUGGUGGACGGACAGCACACUCACGAUUUACAAUCCCACUCAAUUUAGAUGAAUUCUCAACAUGCACUAUAAAACAGGGCAACGCAUUAGCUGAUUUGUUAAUAAAGACUAAGCUAAUUAUUUGGGAUGAGGCUCCUAUGGUGAAUAGAUUUUGUAUUGAAGCACUUGACAGGACAAUGCGUGAUAUAUUAAGAUUCAGCAAUCCAGACAGCCUUGAUAAGCCUUUUGGAGGGAAGACAGUGGUCUUCGGCGGUGACUUUCAACAGAUUCUCCCAGUAAUUCCUAAAGGGACUAGACAAGAAAUUGUUAACGCCACUAUAAACUCAUCGUACAUAUGGGAUAGUUGCAAGCUGUUGUCAUUGACCAAAAACAUGCGAUUGAAAGCAGGUGACUCCCACACAAACUCAUCUGAGUUAAAAGAGUUUGCUGACUGGAUACUAGGUAUUGGUGAUGGUAGCCACGGAACACCAAGGGAUUGUGGUGAGAGGAUUGAAAUCCCAGAAGACAUCCUGGUUAAGAAUUGGGAUGACCCAAUAGAGGCGAUCUAUAAGGUAACUGGUGUGCGAAAAUCGUGA